AACGGUAGCUUAUGUAAAUUAGAUAUUUCUGCAUUAAAUUUUCUAUACAUUUGCAAAAGAAUGUAUAAAAAUGUUUUCACUUUGUCAAAAUAGGGUGGAUGGGUGAGAAUAAAAUAUACUUCAUCCAUUUUGAAUUCAGGAUGUAACAAAAUGUGUAAUAGACAAGUGGCAUAAAUACUUUUGGAAGGCAGAGUUGAAUAAAGGCAAUGUUUCUUGUCUUUUCAGAAUUCAAGACAAACAUGGACAACACAUCUGUAACAGUAUUUACCAUGACUGCGUAUGCUGUCAUGGAAAAUAACAAGUACCUGCAGUUUUCUAUAUUUAUGUUGUUGUAUAUUUUGAUCAUCUCGUUCAAUUUGCUGCUGAUUGCUGUGAUAUGCUGUCAGAGAGCUCUGCAUCAACCCAUGUAUGUGUUCAUAUGUAACUUAGCUGCUAACGGACUAUACGGCAGCACUGGAUUUCUUCCCUCGACUCUGAUUCUACUUUUGUCUGAGACAUAUGAGAUAUCGUUGCCAUGGUGUCUAAUACAAAUCUAUUGGGUACAUACAUAUGCAGCGGUUGAAUUUCAUAUUUUGGCUGUCAUGGGAUAUGACCGGUAUGUUGCCAUCUGUUAUCCACUACAUUAUCACAGCAUCAUGUCUAUUCCCAAGAUGUGUAAACUUAUUGCAUUGGCAUGGCUAUAUCCCUUUUCUCUCUUUCUGAUGUACUUCGGCUUCACUUUGAGAUUGAGGUUUUGUGGGAGGUUCAUACAUUUUAAAUUGUUUUGUGUCAAUUUUGAAUUGGUGAAAAAUGCGUGUUCUACUACAUCUUACCACAGUAUUGUAGGACUUGUGCUAAUAGCUUUCCUUAUGAUCCCACAGCUCCUCAUGAUUAUAUUCUCAUAUGCACACAUUUUCAGGGUCUGUCUGAAAUCCUCAAAAGAAUCUCAGGUCAAAGCACUGAAAACGUGCAUCCCUCAUUUACUUUCAGUAAUAAACUACUCUAUUGGAGGGUUUUUUGAAAUAGCUCAAAGUAGAUUUAACAUGAGUGGGACAUCUUUUAUGGUUCGGCUCAUCAUGUCACUAUACUAUACAUUGCUUACACCAUUGAUAAACCCUGCAAUUUACGGAAUGGCCAAUCAAGCCAUCAGAACGCAUGUCUUAAAAAAAUGCCGUGUGUCUAACAGGUUGGCCUCCUGUUAA